UGACGUCGCAUAUAUGCACAUACGCGCCGAAUCCGAUUCACGAUCCAACUCGGUCGGCUGCUCGAGUCCGUGUCGGACUGGCUCGCCACGCCCACGCGUCUACGUGCCCUCUCCCUUUAUAAAACCCGGACAUGAUGCCACGCACGCCGCCACCGACCUCGCCGCCGCUCGACGACGACGACGCAAACGAGACGCGCCGCCGUGUCGCGAUCGCCGGAGCAGCCUCGUCACCACCACCACCGCGACCAGCCAUGCCGAUGUUCCCCGGCGACGUCGGCCCGGUCAUGCUCGCGCCGCCGCCGCCGCUCCCGUUCUUCCCGAUCGCCGCCGUCCAAUCUGGAUUGGGCUUCAUGCACAUGUCGGCGCCGCCGGAGAUCGUCACCGCCCGGUCUAAGCUCAACUCCGACGCCCCCAGCUUCUCGCCGCGGUCGCCCGCCGCCUCCGCCGCCGCCGACGAGGUGGAGGUGCGGGACGUGUGGGCGGCGAACCUGGAGGAGGAGUUGCGCAGCAUCGGGGCGCUCCUGCCGACCUACCCCGUCGUGUCCAUGGACACGGAGUUCCCCGGCACGGUGCACGACGUCGCCACGCCGCGCCACCUCCGCACGCCGCGGGAGAGCUACGCCGUCGUGAAGCGCAACGUCGACGAGCUCCACCUGCUCCAGCUCGGCCUCGCCCUGUCGGGCCCCGCCGGCCGGUGCCCCGUCGCGUGGCAGUUCAACUUCGCCGGCUUCGACGCCCGCCGCGACCCGCACUCGGGGAGCUCGGUCGCCAUGCUCGCCGCGCACGGCGUCGACUUCACCGCCCUCCGCCGCCACGGCAUCGACCACGGCGACUUCGCCCGCGCGUUCGGCCGCUCCAAGCUCGCCUGCGGCCGCCUGACGUGGGCGGCGUUCUCGGGCUCCUACGACUUCGCCUACCUCGUCAAGGUGCUCACCGGCGGCCGGCCGCUGCCGAGCACCCUGGAAGGGUUCAUGGCGAAGGUCAGCAAGAUAUUCGGGCCGGCGGUGCUCGACGUGAAGCACCUCGCCAAGUUCUGCGGCGGCGGCGGCGGCAUCCGCGGCGGCCUGGAGCACGUCGCGGCGGCGCUCGGCGUGCACCGCGCCGCCGGCCGCGCGCACAACGCCGGCUCCGACAGCCUGCUCACCUCCGACGUGCUGCACGCCAUGGUGGACCGCUUCUUCCCCAACUCCGGCGUCCUCAACCACGCCGGCGCCAUUGAUGGCCUCGUAAAGUGUAGCAACUUGUACUAUAAGUACUAACACUAACAUGUAUAUUAGCUUUCUCUUCUACAGAAAAAAAAAUGGAAUUAUGGAGUGAUUAGUUAGUGUGAUAGAUAACUAAAUCGUUUUACUUUUCUUGAA